AUGCAAUCAUUUACGGCAAUAAUCUCGAUAAACAUUUCGGACAGUGACCCUGCUGGAGUCAGGUCAACUUCUCAAGUAAUCUUUCUUUGUGUGUGUGUGUGGGUGUGUGUACGCGGGUCACUGGUUUAUGUCUUUUCUAACUUUCAACUUUCCCGUGUUCAAAAACUCUCCACUUUCCCCAUCGGCAGGGUUCAAAUUAAUGGCACCGUCAAACUGCCAAUCUUUGAGGGACCACAUAGUGCACCGUGCACAAUGCCCCUGAAACCACUCAAAUCAUCUGUAGUUCUAACAAUUCAGGAGCGAUAUAUAGGCUUUACAGCGACGGGGGGUUGCAUGCAUUUCGCCCCAGUCAACUCGGACUACCGUCAGCCUUGUAAAUUCUGCUUGCAGCUACCGCCGCAUGGUGGGGGCGGUUCUAUCGAUCGGAGUAUUGUUUACUUUCCGGCAAAAUCUCGCCAUACGAAUCGUAAUUUUCUCAUUGGUCGACAGACGCUUCAGGCUGGCACCGCGUACUGGUAA